AUACGGUGGAUAGUAGUGUUGAUAGCGACCUGCAGUAACUUAAUGGGGACUGAAAUAUCAAAAUAUUCUCAAACAUUGUUUCUGCCCCUUCCUGCAGGAAAUUGGCCAAAUAGUGCGAAACUGUCUCUCUUGAAAUAGUAUCCAUUCGAUUGUGAGUUUUCGUUUAAGGGGAUCUACCCGUAUUGCUGUUUGAUUUCACAGAUUUGCAUCGAUGUACGUUGCAACCAGAGAUCUGGAUUCUCCUCGGUGGAUACUUUCCAGGGAACAUGUGGGCUUGGAUCACCCAGCAGCGAGCAGUAAUUCACUGCCCAGACGGCAGCUGCAUUAUUUCAGCGCUAUGAUAUCUAGUGUCGUAGCAGAUGCAGGAGUAGGAGCGGCAUCGGUUCAACUGCGCUCCCAUACGCAAGGAGUACUCUAUAUUGAGAGGAACUAGCCUGGCAAAACGCGAAGCUGAUUAAACAGCAUAGAAAAUAUGAAUUAAUACCAUUUACAGUGUCAUUACGACGUCGUAUCUUGUCCCCCCUCUUCAGAAAGGUUGCAGCCUUUUUUAAUUUCGUGAGGAUUAACAUCAACAGGAGUAUAUUUCCCACGUUUUUCCAUCACUCGGUUAAAGGCGAGAAAUCUGCCCGUUCCUUUGGAAGAUCCUCGACUUGUAACCGAUAGCUCAUACACGGAACAUUUUCUCAAUUUUGACUUGCAAAACUCUCUUGAACUAUCGUUCUGAGUUCUGGAUUAGGAAUAGGUGUCUCAUAUUUUCUCAAGUGAAGACGUUCUCCAGAUUUCAUUGGGAUGCCGUUUUUGGAAAGCUACCAGAAUAUACCUUUAACGGGACACCUGUGACUAUUUGUUCGUUUUAAUUAAAAUGACGUAUUAACAUCUUAAAAUAUAACUUACAGGGCGGUUCUUUUGAUCAUUUGAAAACAAAACACAAUGUGUCAGCGUUGAUCUGAAAAGUAACCCUGUCUCUAAAACUAUGUAGCAGGUGGUCACAUCGGACUGGAUAGCAACCUAUCAGAAAAGUAAUCGAAAGACUGGGGAAAUUUUUUUUGCGCCACCAGUCUGCUUUUCCUUCGCCAACGUACAGUUCUAUAGGAAUUCGUUCCUUUCCAGGAUGAAGAGAUGUCUCAAUUGUACAGUCUCAUUUAAGAUAACACAAUAAUGUGUGCGGUGGCUUUGGGUACAUAUGUAGGAGUUUAAAAUCUACGAAUUGACGUGUUGAAUUCCUGCACCGAAUUCCCUAUUCUUAAUUUCCGGGAGGUGUCCGACGGUAAAGCAGUCAUUUUUAUUGCCUCGCUGUCUCGGCGUUAAAGUAUAACGUAGAGCGGCUUCACAUAGUAUUUCUUAUUGUAAAUCGUAAACAACUAAUUUGCGGCUCCGUACUCGAGUGGCAUUGAAGAGCCACAGAGUCAAAUGGCACCUGGCUUUAGAACCUUUUCAGCACCACUUUCAAUGGACAGCGUUUCUUUCGGAACAAACCAGGACUAGGGUUAUAGCUAAUUCAUGCCUGGAUUCCUUGUGGAUUUUUGAAACACUGGAUUUGGUUUUGGACAGGAACCGAAGAACGGGGUUCGGCUUGACUUAAUUCAGGAACAUCAGGAACGCGGAUCUGUGUUUGGAUUCUGACAAUGAAUUGCAUGUGUGGGUUAAACGUCAAACCGCAUUGAGAAGUCGCUGGAGAACGCACACUGAAAGAGCAGGGGUUCGUCCCCGUUGAAACGCAGAAAUGUUGAAUUAAGUAGUACUUGGACUGAUGACGUGAUUAUUUCACCAUUGAACAGUUUUUCGCCAAUGUAGACUUCUGCAAUAUACUUCUGUUUUGAAUUUCCCGGAGGUUGCUUUCAAAGGAAUCGACUCAUCUGUCUUUGAACGAAAUGCCUUCGCACCUGAAAAGCCAGGCGGACUGACGCGGAGCACCUCCUACCUUUCAGGAGAGAAAAGAUUAAAUACCCCCGACAGGACCCGGAGAAAGAGUGGAGAGAAGCACACUGUCUGUCCUUUGUUCUUCCUAAUGUCUCGGGAGAGGGAUCUCCAUGGGCUGGCUGGCACUUCCUGCCAGACUGUUUAAAAAUACCCAUGAUUCCUGCUGACAAACAGGAGUGAAACGUUUCCAAGCAGAAAAAAAUUGAACCGAAGAAAGAUCAGUGACGAGAGUACAGUUUUGAAGCGUCCUUGCUCCAAAGGAUAUUAAAGUUGGACUUUUUUGUGUUCUGCCUUUUUUCAUUAUAAAUACAAUUCAAAGGGGAUUCUUCUCGGACGUGGGUUUGGCGUCUCACCAUGGCUCUGCCCACAGCCUGCUUGAGGGAUUUGAUUGGCUGUCGGAGAGUCGUCCGGGGCUCCGCACCGCUCCUGCUCCUACUGUGCUGCGCCCUGGCCGCACUGGCGGCCAAGCCCCGCCCGCCGGGCCACACCCACCUGAACUCCAUCCGGAUAGACGGGGACAUCUCCCUGGGGGGCCUGUUUCCCGUGCACGCGCGCGGGAACGACGGCAAGGCCUGCGGCGAGCUGAAGAAGGAGAAGGGCAUCCACCGGCUGGAGGCCAUGCUGUUCGCCCUGGACCGCAUCAACAACGACCACGACCUGCUGCCCAACAUCACGCUGGGCGCCCGCAUCCUGGACACCUGCUCGCGGGACACCCACGCCCUGGAGCAGUCGCUCACCUUCGUCCAGGCGCUCAUCGAGAAGGACGGCACCGACGUCAAGUGCCUGAGCGGCGGGCCUCCCAUCAUCACCAAGCCCGAGAGGGUGGUGGGCGUGAUCGGGGCCUCUGCCAGCUCCGUCUCCAUCAUGGUGGCCAACAUCCUCCGCCUCUUCAAGAUCCCCCAGGUGAGCUACGCCUCCACGGCGCCCGAGCUGAGCGAUAACACCCGCUACGACUUCUUCUCCCGCGUGGUCCCGCCCGACACCUACCAGGCCCAGGCCAUGGUGGACAUCGUCAAGGCCAUGCGCUGGAACUACGUCUCCACGGUGGCGUCCGAGGGGAACUACGGGGAGAGCGGCGUGGACGCCUUCAUCCAGAAGUCCCGCGAGGACGGAGGUGUGUGUAUCGCCCAGUCUGUGAAGAUUCCCCGUGAGCCGAAGUCUGGAGAGUUCGACAAGAUCAUCCGCCGUCUCCGGGAGAACCAUAAUGCCCGCGUCGUCAUCCUGUUCGCCAACGAGGAUGACAUCAGGCGACUUCUGCAGGCAGCCAAAAAGGCCAACCAGACAGGCCACUUCCUGUGGGUGGGGUCUGACAGCUGGGGGUCCAAAAUCUCCCCAGUGCUGCAUCAAGAGGAGAUGGCAGAAGGGGCAGUCACCAUCCUGCCCAAACGCAUGUCUGUCAGAGGUUUCGAUCGCUACUUCAUCAGCCGCACUCUGGACAACAACAGGAGGAACAUCUGGUUUGCGGAGUUCUGGGAGGAUAACUUCCACUGCAAGCUGAGCCGGCAUGCCCUGAAGAAAGGCUCUGGGAUCAAAAAGUGCACAAAUCACGAGCGGAUCGGGAAGGACUCGUCCUACGAGCAGGAGGGGAAGGUGCAGUUCGUCAUCGACGCGGUCUACGCCAUGGCCCACGCGCUGCACAACAUGCACAAGGAGCUGUGCCCGGGCACGGUGGGCCUCUGCUCCAAGAUGGACCCCAUCAACGGCACCAUGCUGCUCAAGUUCAUCCGCAACGUCAACUUCACAGGCAUUGCUGGAAACCCAGUGCUUUUCAAUGUGAAUGGAGAUGCGCCUGGCCGCUACGAGAUCUUUCAGUACCAGAUCAAGAACAGUACUGCCGAGUACAAGGCCAUCGGAAAUUGGACCGACCAGCUCCAUUUAAAUAUUAAGGCAAUGCAGUGGCCGGGAGGUGCCCGCCAGGUGCCCGUCUCCAUCUGCAGCCAGCCGUGCCCGCCAGGCCACCGCAAGAAGACGGUGAAGGGGAUCCCCUGCUGCUGGCACUGCGAGCGCUGCGACGGGUACCAGUACCAGGCCGACACCUACACCUGCAAGAUGUGCCGCUUCGACCUGCGGCCCAACGAGAACCACACGGGCUGCCGGCCCAUCCCCAUCGUCAAGCUGGAGUGGAGCUCGCCCUGGGCCGUCAUCCCCGUCCUCAUCGCGGUCCUGGGCAUCCUGGCCACCCUCUGCGUGGUGGUCACCUUCAUCCGCUACAAUGACACGCCCAUCGUCAAGGCCUCAGGCCGCGAGCUGAGCUACGUGCUCCUGACCGGCAUCUUCCUGUGCUAUGCCACCACCUUCCUGAUGAUCUCCGCGCCCGACGUGGGCAUCUGCUCCCUCCGCCGGAUCUUCCUGGGCCUGGGCAUGAGCAUCAGCUACGCCGCCCUGCUCACCAAGACCAACCGCAUCUACCGCAUCUUCGAGCAGGGCAAGAUGUCCGUCUCCGCCCCGCGCUUCAUCAGCCCCGCCUCCCAGCUGGUCAUCACCUUCAGCCUCAUCUCCGUGCAGCUGCUGGGGGUCUGCAUCUGGUUCGGCGUGGACCCCUCCCAGGCCAUCAUCGACUACGAGGACCAGCGCACGGCCAACCCCGAUUUCGCCCGGGGCGUGCUCAAGUGCGACAUCUCGGACCUGUCGCUGAUCUGCCUGCUGGGCUACAGCAUGCUGCUGAUGGUCACCUGCACCGUCUACGCCAUUAAGACACGCGGCGUCCCCGAGACCUUCAACGAGGCCAAGCCCAUCGGCUUCACCAUGUACACCACCUGCAUCGUCUGGCUGGCCUUCAUCCCCAUCUUCUUCGGGACCUCACAGUCCACGGAAAAGAUGUACAUUCAGACGACCACGCUGACCAUCUCGGUGAGCCUCAGCGCCUCGGUGUCGCUGGGCAUGCUCUACAUGCCCAAGGUGUACGUGGUGCUCUUCCACCCGGAGCAGAACGUGCCCAAGCGCAAGCGCAGCCUGAAGGCUGUGGUCACAGCCGCCACCAUGUCCAACAAGUUCCCCAAAGGAGGCCUGCGGCCCAACGGAGAGGCCAAGUCCGAGCUGUGCGAGAGCCUGGAAACACAAGUUACCAAGCAAACCUACAUCAGCUACAGCAACCAUGCAAUCUAGGACAAGAUGUAGCCCUCCAGUGCGUGGAUCUGACCUUUCACCAGACACAUAUAAAUCACACAGACAGAAAGCAGCGGGAAAACACAUAAAAACAGGUGGCCAAUUUAAAACACUUUUACAAACAGGAUCUUUGAGGACCAGGUUUGGCAAACGAAUGCCAAAACAAACAAAAAAGCAAAACAAAAUACAGCUGCAGGGAAAGUUCACUGGGGGCCAUGUCAGAUGUGACGGCGUUGUCCCGGAGACCGUCAGAGACAACAAGCAGCCACGUUUCCAUGGUAACAGCAGAGAGGAUGGAUUCAGGACCCAGGUUUUCCUUCUGGAGUUUAUAUCACGGCUUGCUUUCACUCUCAAGAUGUCUGUUCUGCAGUUGACAAGCUUCUCUGUAAGAGCGACAUGUGAAAUGUUUUUUUUUUUUGUAAAAAAAAAAAAGAGGCUGUUCUCUUCAUGUGCCGUGUCGUAUUCUUGCCAGUCGUGUGAAGCGUUAACUAGAGUUCCUCUCCAUCGUGUGAGGUUGUGAUAAAGGGCUGAAGAAGAACAGCAAAUCAAGCCCAUAUGAGCCACAGUUCUCGCCAGUUCAUCUCUUUUGUUUGUUGUCCUCAGUUAUAAAAUGGAGCCUUGCUGGAAUUUUAAGACGGAUACCUACUCUGACCAAAAAACAAAACAAAGUUGAUCAGUGUGUUGGUCAAUACAUACACGGUACAAAGAAGCCAUUCAGACUGUGUUGCAUUUUUUUCUUUUCUAUCGGUUUUUGUGAAGAAGGUGAUGUUUAAGUUGUAUAUGCAAAAAUAUAAAACAUCUGCUCGGAAAAGUGUAUGACUGCCUGUGGGAAGUCAUUAGCAUACAUGCCAACAGGCAGAUAAACCACCCUAAUGAAAAUUAGUACAAAUGUUCCUCCAACUUCUGUUUCCCCCAUGAGGGGAUAAAGAUGACUAUACCAUGUGACACUGUCUGAGUGGUCUUUUUGUUCAGAUAUCAAGCAUGCUUGUAGGAACAUACUGUGUGUACUGUGUUGUCAAAGUUGGAAUGCAACUUGUGAGGACUGUGGUAAAAAUAUGUUACAGUGGUGUCACCAUUUGGGUCUGUGCUGCGUCUGGGAAACCCAAACCUAUUGAGGUCCAGUGAUUACUGGUUUAUUUUAUCUUUUUUUUUUGGUGUGUGUGAUUAAAUAUUAAUUUUUUUGUGCUUGAUUAAAUAUUAAAUCAGUUUUGAACCAGAAACAGAAACUAAGACCAAACUGAAGGACUGCACUGCACUCCUUCUGGAAACUUCCCGGUUUUCUACUUCUAUAAUCCAGAAUUCCACUACCUAUUCCAAAUAUUAUAUUACCAGCUUAUAUACCACACUCCAUGGCUGGUUCACCAUGUUUCUACUGUGCCCUGCCCCUGGCAUGGGCAGGCUUAUUUAGAGGGAAGUGAAGUAUGGGUGUAGCAUUGUUUUAUUUUUCAGUAUUAUUACCUUUAUUUGCAUUGGCAGAUGUGUGUCUGUAUUCAGGAAUGGGGACACCAUUACAAAAUAAUGAAAUAAUAAAAAAGGAGGAUACAACUUGGAAGGUUUCAAGAACCAGUCCUGUCCUGCAUGCAACUGUGAAAGACCCACAGUCGUGGCUGUAUAUCUGCGCUUUCUAUGGCUAGUCUUUCUGUUGUUUUAGCUCUGUGUGAUGAGAUGAUAAUCUCUUGGGCUAGCCCUGGGCCUCCACACAUAUUGGAGGAGCUCACCAGCUUUGUACAGUUAAUGACAAGUUAGUAGCUGACCUCUUCAUGAUAAGUCUACCAGUGGUUUAGAUCUCAAGGAGAACCAACCAGUCAGCCAUGUGUCACUCAUAAACUGUCCUGACGAAGUGCUGAUCUUUAAGGUUGGCUUUACAAAAAAAAAAAAGGAGAAAAGAAUGAAAGAAAA